UGUCGUUACAGUGCAAUAACAAAACGCGUUUGAAGUGUUGAGUUGUUGAUUGUAGUUUGCAUUUGUGUUCUAAUUUUUUUAUUUUUCCAUCAGUUUUAUGUUAGUUUCACUAAUGUUUUUGGCUCCACCUUAGUUUUAGGAUGACAAUGGAAAGGAGGAUAAAGUUAAAGGCAUUAAACAGUCACAUUACUUGCAAAAUAUGUCGGGGCUACUUCAUCGACGCGACCACGGUCACCGAGUGUCUUCAUACGUUCUGUAAGAGCUGCUUAGUGAAACAUUUGGAGGAGAACAACACAUGUCCAACAUGCGACAUAGUGAUACACCAGUCCCACCCGUUACAGUAUAUCAGCUUCGACCGGACAAUGCAGGAUAUAGUGUAUAAGUUAGUGCCAGACCUGCAGGACAAUGAAAUAAAACGUGAGCGUGAUUUCUAUCGAGCUCGCAAUCUGCCUUGCCCCAAGGAUGCGGCCCUGGCUGCAGACAAGCCUGGAGCCGAUGAACCUGAACAGCCAGAUAACACUGACUGUCAUAGAAAAGAUGAACAGGUGAAUGUAUGCCUGGAGUGCAUAUCAACAUCGCUACGGACACUGAAGCGCAGCUUCAUCCGGUGCUCAGCACAAGCCACAAUCACACACCUCAAGAAGUUUAUAGCUAAGAAAGUUUUAAGCGGAAUGGAGAAGUAUAGAGAAAUUGACAUUCUAUGCAACGACGAAUUAUUAGGCAAGGACCAUACGUUAAAGUUUGUGUAUGUGACACGUUGGCGAUUCCGAGACCCUCCACUGAGACUGCAGUAUAGGCCUAAGAUUGACUUGUAGGUGGAUGGUAUUUUUAUAUUUAAUACAUGUAAUACAACUACACUACCCGGCGACAAACAUUAUACAUCAGGAAGAAGAAACAUUUUUAUAAUACGAUCAUUUCAUUGUACAAAACCUUUAAUCUUUUUGAGGAAAGAACUUGACUAAUUUUAGCAUACACGCAGUCUCUUUCCAUAUGUAGAUGUGUAAUAUUUAUUGACGGAUACUGUAAUACGACUUCACACUUCCUUUUCUAACACUCAAACAUAAUCUAGGCCUAGGCCUCUUUAUUUUUAUACAUAUUUAUUUGAAAUAAAGUAGUUUUCAAACAUAGGACAGCAUGUCCUUUUUAUGUGGAUCAUAAUAUUAUAAUUGCAUUUGUAAUCUAUAUUUGUAAUCUAUAAAUAUUUAUUAUCUGUGCAACUUUGACAGUCUGUAGUGCAAUGAUGAUCUUACCUUUACCAUAUUGACUCAAGUAUGUAAUUUUAAUCUACAAGGAAGUGUCUAUUUGUAUUUAGUGUUAAGAAGUUAAAAUUUUAUUUUAUUUUACCUCCCUGAAAGUCAAAAUGUUUUAGGUCAAUUCUAUGUGUAUUAUUAGUUCAAUUAAUUCUUAUAUUUUAUGUUUCAAUGUAUAUUUUAGUUUUUGUUACUUUUGUUAGCA